CGGUGGGGGUGGACAGCUCCGGCCACCAGUGCCCGGGAAGGAGGGCGCGGGGCUGCGCGUAGCCGCUGGCCAGCAGGUUGUAAAAAAUUAGGACAGCUAAAUGCUCAGGGAGUCGUCCAGCACGAAAGGAGGCUAAGACCUGUUGACGCCUGCUAUGGCAGCGCUUGAGAAAUGACUGGGGGAGUCCAGCGAGGUCGGGGACGCAGCGGUCUCCGGGUUCCAGAAACCUCCUUAGCCUUUUGUGGUAACUUUGGUCCGGCGGCGGGGGGCCGGUGAGCAGGAACUGGAGGGAGGCGGUGGGGAAACCGUGGAUCCGUCCGGCUGAGGGUGCAUGGAUCAGACUGGGCUGAGCAGGCAAGUCAUCGUCGGGUCACAGCGAGGCGACCCAGGAGCGAACUUCCAGGGCAGCCUCCCUUUUGUUGGCGCUGGGAGAGAAUGUGGGCAUGGGGGUGGGGAGGCGCGAAGCUCCGAGGCCGGGCCGCGGAUACUUUAAAGCUCAGAGCUGGGAGGGCCCAAAGGAAGGGGCGGCGUCCACAUAGUUACCCUUCUGCUGCGCGGGUCAAGUAGCUUCUUCUGGAGGGGGCAAGGCGGGGCGGGGGUGAUGAGCCCUUGGGUUCUCGCUCCGACUGCUAAAUUCGCUUGGCCGGGUCCACCUUCUCGUGGCCUCACUCGCCACACGGAUCAGAAUCCGGAGCAGGCAGUUCUCUCUAUUCUGCGGCUCCUGCGGCUGCCGCGCUGACUUCCCUGUGUGCGGGAGGGAACUCUGGGCAGGCUGGUUUUCUUGGAAUGUGUUUACGAUGUUGAGUGGGACUUGAACAGGAAGCUGGACGCUGCAGCUGGAACUAGCGUGCCAAGACGGAGUCUUGCUCUGUUGCCUAGGCUGGAGUGCAGUGGUGCGAUCUUGGGUCACUACAAGCUCCGCCUCCUGGGUUCACGCCAUUCUCCUGCCUCAGCCUCCCGAGUAACUGGGACUACAGGCGCCGGCCACCACGCCUGGCUAAUUUUUUGUAUUUAUCCAUGUUAUUUAUGAUUCCAUCUGAUAUACAUAGGAGAGAAACUGAUAGAAGAAUUCUGAUGGCAACUGUAUGAUAGAAGCUAUAUAAAGUCAAGUGUCCAUUUUCUUUCAACUAUAUUUGAGCAUACCCAGUAGAGUCGGGGUUUCACCAUGUUAACCAGGAUGGUCUCGAUCUCCUGACCUCGUGAUCCGCCUGCCUCGGCCUCCCAAAGUGCUGAGAUUACAGGAUUUAAGGUGUGGAACUGAACAUUUAUUUGGCUGAUCCUCAUCAUGAACCGUGCUUUUAGCAGGAAGAAAGACAAAACAUGGAUGCAUACACCUGAAGCUUUAUCAAAACAUUUCAUUCCCUAUAAUGCAAAGUUUCUUGGCAGUACAGAAGUGGAACAGCCAAAAGGAACAGAAGUUGUGAGAGAUGCUGUAAGGAAACUAAAGUUUGCAAGACAUAUCAAGAAAUCUGAAGGCCAGAAAAUUCCUAAAGUGGAGUUGCAAAUAUCAAUUUAUGGAGUAAAAAUUCUAGAACCCAAAACAAAGGAAGUUCAACACAAUUGCCAGCUUCAUAGAAUAUCUUUUUGUGCAGAUGAUAAAACUGACAAGAGGAUAUUCACUUUCAUAUGCAAAGAUUCUGAGUCAAAUAAACAUUUGUGCUAUGUAUUUGACAGCGAAAAGUGUGCUGAAGAGAUCACUUUAACAAUUGGCCAAGCAUUUGACCUGGCAUACAGGAAAUUUCUAGAAUCAGGAGGAAAAGAUGUUGAAACAAGAAAACAGAUCGCAGGGUUACAAAAAAGAAUCCAAGACUUAGAAACAGAAAAUAUGGAACUUAAAAAUAAAGUACAAGAUUUGGAAAACCAACUGAGAAUAACUCAAGUAUCAGCACCUCCACUGCUGCACAAUAUGUCUGAUCAUGAACAACAUGUGUUUCAGAGAUGCUCAUCCUCUUUCUGGCGUAGUAGUGGUGAUUCAUCUCCCUGUCUCAAUAUUUCUUCCAUCUCUGUCACUCCUAUCAACUUGCCUGAUUCCAGACUAUCACUGGGACUGUUAAUACCACCACCUUCUAAAUGUGGCUUUCCCAAGCCAGUCAGUGAGAGCAGCAUCCCAAGACCUCAUGCAGGCAGUAUGACACCUAAGUCGCCCUCCACUGACAUCUUUGAUAUGAUUCCAUUUUCUCCAAUAUCACACCAGUCUUCGAUGCCUACUCGCAAUGGCACACAGCCACCUCCACUACCUAGUAGAUCUACUGAGAUUAAACGGGACCUGUUUGGAGCAGAACCUUUUGACCCAUUUAACUGUGGAGCAGCAGAUUUCCCUCCAGAUAUUCAAUCAAAAUUAGAUGAGAUGCAGGAGGGGUUCAAAAUGGGACUAACUCUUGAAGGCACAGUAUUUUGUCUCGACCCGUUAGACAGUAGGUGCUGACAUCAAGAACAAGAAAUCCUGAUUCAUGUUAAAUGUGUUUAUAUACACAUGUCAUUUAUUAUUACUUUAAGAUAGGUAUUAUUCAUGUGUCAAUAUGUUUUUGAAUAUUUUAAUAUUUUGAAAAUGUUUUCAGUUAAAUUUCCUCACCUUCACUAUUGAUCUGUAAUUUUUAUUUUAAAAACAGCUUACUGUAAAGUAGAUCAUACUUUUAUGUUCCUUUCUGUUUCUACUGUAGAUGAAUUUGUAAUUGAAAGACAUAUUAUACAAAUACCUGCCUUGUGUCUGAGUUCUAUUUAGUUAGCAUCUUGAAAUUUGUAUUCAUUUUCCAGAUGGCUAGUUUAUUAAUGAUUUCCCAAAAGCCAUACCUUAAAGAUAACUUUUUAAAUUCUGAAGAGACAUGCCAAUGUCAAACUAAACAUGUUCUGUUUUUAAACCAACAAACAUGUUACUAUUCAUUGGACAGAUAUCAUUUUAUGUAUAAAUACUGUUCACAUCACUGGGAAAAUGUAAACUUUAAACAUAAUGCCACAAGGUCACUAAUUUCUAGCAGGUAAAAUUAUAAGGAUAUAAAUUCCAAUAAUAAACCAAAUGUAUUUAGAGUAUUUAUUAGUAAAUGCAAGGUGAUGUUAGUUAUGAUCAGUUAUACUCUAAAUAUUUAAUUUGUUUUAUAAAGGUAGUGAAAAAAUGAAAAUUUGCUAUUUAUUAAAAAACAUUAAAUUUCAUUCCAAAUGAGAUAAGUGAUAUUACUAUAACAUCUAAGCAUCAUCUGAUUUGAUAUUCCCUAAAAAACAUUUGGAAUAUAUGCUAUCUAUAGAUUCAGUAUCUAUUACCCAUGUUUACUUUACCAAAUAUAUUUCUCCUCACUGCAUAAGGACUACUCUUCUCAUAUUCUUUGAUGAAGAUAUUUUUCACCAAAGUUUAUUUUGUGAUGCCCUCUUGGUUUUGAUACUUUAAAAUCUUUGGCACCCGUUCUAUAUGAAUUAUCAAUAUUUGGUAAAUUCAAUCUGUAUUUGUUUUGUUAAAGUCAAAAAUCUCAUUUAAAAAAAAACCAGUUACUGCUCAGUUUAGUCUUGAACAUGAGCAAUAAAAUUCUCUUGCAUUUCAUUCUUGAUGUGCUGAUGAACCUAGACUUUUAAAAAUAUUUGUUUCCUAUACCUUUACCCUUUACCCAACAGACUAAUUUGUACUCAGUAAAACAAAAAUUUAUGGUCAAAAUUUCUAACUUGGUUCAUCACAUUAUAAGAUAAAUAAAUUAAAUUAAUGAAAAUGUGACUUAGAUUAGGGGUAGCCCUCAAAAAUAGAUUUAUCAUUUACUCAUUGGAAUUUUCUUCAAGUGUUAAAGGUACAUUUUCACUAGGAAAAGAAAUCAAAUAUGCUUAUGCAAUAUAUAUUUGUGUGUUUUUCCUUAAUGUUAUAUGGUAUAUAUGAGCCUUCUUGUUUAGUUUCUUUUAUCUGCUAAGUUUUACCUUAAUUAGAGGGCAAUAUAUGUUUCAUAAAGAAGAGUCUUUAUAAUUUUGUUUGUCAGAUAGUAUUUUGGAAUUUGUAUAAUAAGGAUGUUUAGAAGCCAUAUAAGUGGCUUUUUUUAACAGAUAGAAUUUGUAUUUUUAUUGUACUUUAAAAAGAUUUAUGUAAUAGGUAUAUAUUUAGUGGCCAUUUAUUAUCAAUGGUAACACAAUAGAGUACUAAGAUGGUAUUUGCACAUUUAAGAUAUGUUACUUUACCAUUUUUUAAUGGUAAUCAACUCUGCUACUGGCAUGAUGAAAUAGUACAUAACUGGUCAUUAAUUAUGAACAUUUAUUUCUCCAGUGCGUUUUUAUGAAGAUCUGGUUGAAAAUUGUAUUUCUGUGUAAACUCAACGAUAUGUUUGGUUUUCCUGAAAAUAAAUGAUUUUAAAUAAA